AUGACAACGAUGGACGGGUACAGCUGCGAAGCUUGUGGGCAGCCUGCGAAAUUAAGAUGCCCUACGUGCAUGAAGCUGGAUAUCGCCGGAUCUCACUUCUGUAGUCAAGAAUGUUUUAAAGGGAGUUGGGCACAACACAAAGCGAAACACAAAACCGCCACGGCUGCACUAUCCAAUGGAGUCGUUAAAACGUUCAAUCCUUGGCCGUCCUACCACUACACUGGGAAGAUACGGCCAAUGUAUCCUCUCGACCCUAGACGUGCCGUACCCGACCAUAUUGGAAAGCCGGAUUAUGCCGCGGAUGGCAAACCAUACAGUGAACUCAGUUUGAGAGGAAGCACCCGAAUCGAAGUCUUAAACCCUGAAGAAAUUGAGAAGAUGAGGACUGUCUGCAGAAUAGCUCGCGACGUAUUAAACGAAGGCGCCAAGGCCAUCAAAGUUGGAGCAACUACGGACGAGAUUGACCGGGUGGUACAUGAAGCUUGCCUGGAACGAGACACAUAUCCGUCGCCUCUCAAUUAUCACGGGUUCCCUAAAUCUUGUUGUGUCUCCGUCAACGAAGUCAUUUGCCAUGGUAUCCCUGACAAGUACGAAAUACAAGACGGAGAUCUUGUCAAUCUCGACGUGAGCUGCAUGUACGAUGGUUUCCACGCUGAUUUGAACGAGACUUACCUGGUGGGAAAUGUGGACGAGGCGGGUAAAAGGCUGGUCAAAACUGCUAGAGCGUGCCUGGACAAGGCGAUUGCCAUGGUGAAACCAGGGACAUUGUAUCGGGAGGUGGGGAACGUAAUUCAGAAGCAUGCCCAGUCGGAAGGGUUCUCGGUUGUACGAAGCUACUGUGGACAUGGAAUACAUCGACUCUUCCACGGUACUCCCAGUGUGCCACAUUACGCACGGAAUAAGGCUGUUGGUGUCAUGAAGGCCGGACAUACGUUUACUAUUGAACCGAUGAUUAACGAAGGCACAUGGCACGAUGAGCAAUGGCCCGACGGAUGGACCGUUGUGACAAGGGAUGGGAAAAGGUCUGCACAAUUCGAAGAGACCUUGCUCGUGACGGAAACUGGGGUGGAAGUCUUAACUGCUAAUCGGGCAAAUCAUUGA